GACACAGGUGGCACAUCCUGGCCAUGGGGUCUCAGCAUUCCACCUGUGCUCGCCCUCCUUCCUACAAGCGAAAGAGAGAUGACAGAGAGGAUAUGCUGGAUGAUAGGGAGCAGGAAGAAGCCAUUGCCCAGUUCCCAUAUGUGGAGUUCACUGGGCGGGACAGCAUCACCUGUCUCACGUGUCAAGGGACAGGCUAUAUUCCAACAGAGCAAGUAAAUGAGUUGGUGGCUUUGAUCCCACACAGUGAUCAGAGAUUGCGCCCUCAGAGAACUAAGCAGUAUGUCCUUCUGUCUGUGCUGCUCUGUCUUCUGGCAUUUGGUUUGGUGGCUUUCUUCCUGUUUCCACAUUCAGUCCUUGUGGAUGAUGACGGCAUCAGAGUAAUGAAAGUCACGUUUAAUAAGCAGGACUCCCUUGUAAUCCUCGCCAUCAAGGUCACCCUGAAAAUCAAGAACUCCAACUUCUACUCUGUGGCAGUGACCAGCUUGUCCAGCCAAGUUCAAUACAUGAACACAGUGGUUGGGUCAAAUGUGACAACUAAUGUCUCCCUUAUUCCACCUCGGAGCGAGCAACUGGUGAAUUUUACCGUGCAGGCGGAGAUGGGAGGAUCAUUUUCCUAUGUAUACUUCUUCUGCACAUUGCCUGAUAUCCAGGUGCACAACAUAGUGAUCUUCAUGAGAACUUCAGUGAAGAUUUCAUACAUUGGCCACAUGACCCAGAGCUCCCUGGAGACACAUCACUAUGUGGAUUGUGGAACAAAUUCCUCAGCUGUUUAGAAACUGCUUUUGAUUCUUCCAUGGCAGCACCUGUCGGAAGAGACACCACAUCUGUUCCCAGGGCCUGAGUUCCAUACCUACCCCAGGUGGAAGAAGUAGAGGAGAAACGGGUUCUCUUAAUCCCCAGCAAACACCCUCCUGCCACUUGGGAGGAAAACUCGCCCCAGUAGCACCAUUUCUGUUUCUCCGAACCAGCAGAAUCACUGCCCAGUACUGAGUCUAUGCCCAGCAAAUAGUAGGCACUCAGGGUUUGAAGAGUUUAAUUCAGAUCUUUUCUGCUGUUCUUGGAGCAUUAUAAAUGGAAAGCAGACCAUGUACUAGGUUAUAAAACCAUGGAGUGACAUGGAGGUAGGACUGUUAGUGCAGCUACAGAGCUGUCAUCAGAACUUCAUCUGCACAGAAGAGGCAGCAGGGAGGGAACAUGUGAAUCUGCUCCCAAAUACCUAGGAACUUUGAAAAAAAGAAAAGCAAAACUUUUUUUCUUGUAGAAAGUUAUAAUUGUUUUUACCAAGAGUCUAUGUGGGGCUUGAUUUACCCUUCAUCCAUUGGCUGGAACAUGGAUGGGGGAUUUGGUAGAAAAAUAAACCCUGCUUUUGAUUGA